GUUAAAUUACUGCUGCAGAUCAUUUUUCACUGGCUAGCUUCCGGAACCUCUAAUAAUUACGAUACAAAAAGUUUUUCAAAACUUUAUAACGGUCACUUUUGAAAAUCCAUGCUGACUAGCGUACGAAACGUCAAGUUCAUUAUAAAAUACGUUGGACUACAUUGUUUAUCACGGCUGUUGAUAUUAUAUUUUUAAUCAAGCUCAAGAAAUUAUGAUAUCUUGUCAAGCUACCCUGGGCUUGUCGCCUUGUCGUGGUGGUAGAGCUUGCGUGUCUCAGUGACCCCAAGAGCUAUGCCUGGUGGGUUCAACCGUGCCGGAUUGGUCGAGGGAUAGAGACCUGACAAAGGACAGCCCUGGUCCUCCAGGUUGGGGGUUGGGCGUUAGGCUAAUCACCUAACUUCGUAAAAAAAUAAAUGAUCACGGAAACCUUGCACAUUAGAGGCAAUCUACCGAAUCUUGGGGGCCGAGUGGCAUACAACAUGACGCUCCAGAGCGAAACCCGCAUGGAAACUCUGGAGCCGAGGACGCCAAUAGUGCACCCAAAAACACAGUUGAGGACAGGAAACUGGAACGUGAGAACCUUGUAUGCACAAGGGAAGACAGCCCAAGCGGCGAAAGCAAUGAGAGAGGCUAAGUUGCAGAUAAUGGGUAUAAGUGAAAGCAGAUGGUGUGGAUCGGGGAAGUUUAUUCUCAGUACAGGUGAGACAAUAGUGUACUCUGGCAGAGACGACGAAGUUCACCAACAUGGCAUGGCCAUCAUGCUAAACAAAGAUGCAGCAAAAGCAUUGAUCAACUGGACACCUAUAGAUGAGCGAAUAAUUCGAGCCAGAUUCCACUCUAGGUAUGUCAAGUUAACGCUGAUCCAUGUCUAUGCCCCCACUAAUGACACUGAUCAAGAGGUGAAAGAUCAUUUCUAUGAGAAGCUCCAGGCAAAAGUGGAAAAAACACCGAAGCACGAUUUGCUGGUUAUCACCGGAGAUCUGAACGCAAAGGUAGGAAGCGAUGUAGAAGGAUACGAAAGAGUAAUGGGUAAGCAUGGAGUUGGAACCAGGAACGACAAUGGCGAGAAACUAUGCGAUUUUUGCGGCAUGAAUGACCUGGUGAUCACAGGUACGAUAUUUCCACAUAAGGAGAUCCAUAAACAAACUUGGAUAUCUCCUGAUAGACGCACCUGCAAUCAGAUAGACCAUGUGUUAAUCAACAAGAAAUUUAGAACAUCUGUGCUGGACACAAGAGCCGUAAGAUCAGCUAAUAUCGCCAGUGACCACCACCUGGUUUGCACCAAACUGAGGUUAAAGCUAAAAGCAGCUCCUAAAAGACGUGGAAUUAGAAGGGCGAGAUAUGAUACUCAGAAGCUGGAGAACGAUGGGUGUAGGAGGCAGUUUCGUUUGGAACUAAGGAACAGGUUUGAGAUAUUGCAGAGGGAAGAGCUGGAAGAUGACGAAACAGAUCAGCCAGAAGCUGAGCUGGAGAAGGCAAACGGCAUCUUAGAGAAGGCUUACAAUAUGACAGCAAAGAAAGUUCUAGGAUAUAAGACAAAGAAAGGUAAGCCAUGGAUUAGUAAAGAAUCGUGGGAUCUGAUUUCGCAGAGGAAAGCGAUAAAAACUGAUAAAACUUGAUGGAACCAA